UUGAAUAGCUAGUUAGCUAGCUAACUUGUCAAAGUAGUUUACUGUAACUUUUACACACCGGAUAUGACGCGAAAUUUUUGUACAGAAAGUGUGCAGUGAGUCUGGUGCGAUUUUUUUUUUCUUUUUAAAUAUGUCGUGUUUUGUUUUGUGCUCGUUUCACGCUGAGACUGUCAGUAGAGUCCUGAGUGAAUGAGGAAGUCGUGUAGGAGUGAUGGAGACAGUAAUUACAGACACAUUCUCAGGAAAGAGAGAACGUUUUGGAUAUAAAUGACAACAGGGAGCGUUUCAUAAUCUCGGCUGAGAGAAGGGGUGUUGGAUAACAAGAAAGAAAGUUGUGUUCAAUAGUAUGGAGAAAACAAAUGAGAGCGCAUGCGCAGAAGGUUCUGAGCGGAAGAUGCGUGAGCGAGGGGGCGGGGAAACAUUGAAAUACCCUUUAUUAUUAUUAUUAUUAUUAUUAUUAUAUAAAUCCUUUCAUUUACAAUAUACAGUACAUCAGACAAUAUUAUCAAACAUAUGAACAGAACAAACAAACAUGAAAUGCGGAUAUACAACGCCAGGGGUUACUGUAAACAAAACACACAAACUAUAAAUGGUGCAAACGUGUAAAAAAAAUAUAUAUGUAUAUAUACACACACAUAUAUGUAUAAAUUACAAAAAUACAUGAAAUUUGGAGCACAUACUUAAUGUUUUAAUGGCUUUCUUAUUGGGAGAGGUUGAUAUUGUUUUUAUGUAGAAUUCAAUUUCUUUUUUUGAAUGUACAAAAAGAGGGUCUGAUUUUCAACACCUUACAUUUAUGGAUAUAAAAUUUGGCCAGCAAUAUAAUGAGAUUAGCAAGAAAAAAUUCACUGUCCAAUUCUCUCUGAUAAUCUAUAAAUCCAAACAAUACAUUGUGCAAACAUAGUACAAAGGUCUCAUGAAUAUGGUCCAAAAUAAAACGACAAAUGCCUUGCCAUAGAUUCCGAGUGUGUUCACAAGUCCAGAAUAAGUGGAAGACAGUCUCUGGGUGCACGUUACAGAAAGUACAGGAUACGUCAAUGUCUUUAAUGAACCUCACUAAGAAUGUUUUGACAGGAUAGCAACGAUGAAUGAUUUUAAAAGAAAUUUCUUUAACUUUGUUAACCAGUAGGUAUCUAUUAGGAAGGGUCCAUAUUUUUCACCAACAUAGGUUCUGAACAUGUGUAUUCCAGGUGGUAAUUACAUAUGGGACAGAGACACAAUCAGCUAAAAAUAAGGAGCGAAUUUUUUUGUUGUUUUUACGAGAUGCUGGCAGAAAACAUAAUUUCCCUAUGGGUGUGUCCACUGGAUCAGGCAAAGGAGCCACAGUGGAAGGUGGAGUGGUGUAACCCUUGAAGAGCAUAAUUACACCAGAUGGAAUGGCGUCAAAGACGACCGCAAAAUCUUUAGGGGUCACAGGGAUCUUAUAAUGAGAAAGGAAUUCUUGGUAAUUAAAUAAAUUCCCUUCCUUAUUGAAAAGCUGAUUGAUCUGUACAAUGCCAUUCCUAAACCAACUGUCAAAAAAUAGAGAUCUCCUUUUGUAACAAACAUCCCUGUUGUUCCAUAUGAAAUAUCUAUUCGGAGAAAAAUUGUGCUUAUAAAUAAGAGACCAGGCCAAAAGUGUUUGCUUAUGAAAGUUUGAGAGAGAGACAGGUAUACGAUCAAUAUUAUAAUUACAAAGUAGAAGAAACUUCAGACCACCCAAAUUGGAGAAUAUAUGACUUGAGAUGAUGUUCCAAACAGAGAUGUCCAUACCUGUGAAGCUCUAAACCCUCAUGAUGUCUGUAAGAACCCUAUCGUUCAGGGUUCUUCUGUUCCUCGGCCUUUGUCAGGUUGGACGCCGGGGUCUCGCGUCUGCCUCUGAGUUACGAGCGCCGCCGAGGAAAAUCGCUAUCGUUGGAGCUGGAAUCGGAGGAACAGCAGCAGCUUAUUUCCUCAGGCAGGAGUUUGGAUCCAGCGUCAAGCUCGACGUGUACGAAGCCGGCACUGUUGGAGGACGUCUUGCUACAGAGAGCAUCGAGGGACAAGAUUAUGAAACAGGAGGCUCCAUUAUACACCCGCUUAAUCUCCACAUGAAGCACUUUGUGAAUAGAAUAGGUCUGUCAGUGCGUGCUGAAGUCCCUUCAAAAAUGGCCAUCUUUGACGGGAAGGAGCUGAUGUUUGAGGAGAGCGAUUGGUUCAUCGUGAACUUCCUGCGCAUGCUGUGGCACUACGGCUUCAACUCGCUUCGCAUGCACAUGUGGGUGGAGAGCCUUCUGGACAAGUUCAUGAGGAUUUAUCAGUACCAGCAGUUCAGCUACUCGUUCUCGAGUGUUGACCGAAUGCUCCACGCCAUGGGCGGCGACGACUUUCUCGCUCUGCUCAACCAGACGCUGGAGGAGGCCAUGCUGGCUCACGGCUUCUCUCAGGCUUUCAUCAAUGAAAUCGUCACCCCGAUAUCGCGCGUCAAUUACGGCCAGAGCGUUCGUCUGCACGCCUUCGCUGGUUCCGUUUCCCUGGCGGGUGCUGAAUCGGGCCUCUGGGCUGUGGAUGGAGGGAAUAAGAGAAUCUGCUCUGGGCUUCUGUAUCACAGCAAAGCCCAACUCAUUCCAGCACGUGUGACCAACAUCGCUCUCAAAACGAGGUCCUCUAAAAGUGGCACCACCGCAAACCUGUACGAAGUGAGCUAUGUUGAAGAUUCUGGCUCCGCCCACUCCCUUUACGAUGUUGUGAUUUUAGCCACGCCCCUCCACCAGGGUCUGUCCGAUAUCACUUUCUCAGGCUUCUCUCCUUCCUUGCCUUCACACUUUCCUGGGCACUACCACCAGACAGUGAGUACGCUAGUCCUCGGGUGUCUCAACGUGUCCUACCUGGACGCCAGCCGGAAACCGGGCGAGCUUUUCGUUUCUGACGUUUUCACCACCGAUAACGAGAAAUUGGGCUUUGCCAGCUUGAGCUCCCUGAACCCUGUCCACAUCACGCCAGGCUACUCGAGCCCUUCAGUCAGCGAAACGGCAGUGUGGAAGGUUUUUUCUCCUAAGCCCCUGACCGAGGAGCAGCUGAGGACGCUGUUUGUCUCCCGAGAGCACGUGGUGGAGAAGCGCUGGCUGGCUUAUCCGUCAUACAGAGCGCCAGAGCGUCAAGCUCCGCCCUUCAUCCUCCACCACAGCCUCUAUUACCUCAGUCCCAUCGAGUGGGCAGCGUCGUCGAUGGAGAUGAGCGCCCUUUCGGCACAAAACAUUGCACUGCUCGCAAAGCAUCGCUGGCAUGGGGACACGUCGAAGGUGGAUCAGGAGGGUCUGCACGCUCGCCUCCGGGGGGAGCUAUAGAGACGCAAGACCAACAACAAUCAUGAAAUCUAAAAUCCACUGGGUCUCUGUGUGUGUGCGUGUGAUAUUUUUACUUUUAAGAAAAAGGUAAUCAUCAUACGAUCCAAGGAGGCUUUCCAAUCUAAUUUCUUUUCUGUGGUUGGGCUUUUUUUUUUUGUAGCCACUCAGACUAUGCAAGUUAGAGCUACAGGAAGAGUUCAACCAAACUAAAUCCCUCCUCUUACCCAAAUGUUCUCACUCAACCAAGAUACAUUUAGUUUUUUGCACUAUACACUGUAUGGCCAAAAGUAUCUGGACACCUGAUCAUCACACCCAUAUGUGGUUCUUCCUCAAACCGUUGCCACAAAGUUAGAAGCACACACUUGUAUAGAAGGUCUUUGUUUGCUGUAGCUGGAACUCCGAGGUCCAAAUCUGUUCCAGGCGUGAGCUCCAUGAACAUGUUACGUGAAGGUUGGAGUGGAAGAACCUGAGUGUCUUCCUACUUUUGGCUGUAUAGAGCACUUGACUAAUAAUAUGGAUAUAAGUGAAGGUUCGUACUAAGGUUCCUAGGGCAUUUAAUUGAUGUAGGACUUAGGAUCCUUCAGGGUGCAAUAAAGUCACGUGAAUGAGGCAUGAACAAGAGGUCAGAUAUCAGAAUGAUGGUGCGUUCAUGUGCUAUGGGAAUUAUGGUAAAUACCAAACGCCGACAUGGAAAGCACACAUGAACGCCCCCUCUUGUGGUAUUUUCCACUGGGCAACUCGUAGAAAAUUUUGAUACACGAGUUGCCGAGAUGAGAUGAACUUUAACCUUUUCAACAUGGUGGCGAGCGGUACAAGACUAGCUUAUGAACCAAGAAAGAAGUGGUUUUUACCUACGGAAAGCUGACUCUCACCUUUUAAACGAGUCAUGUUAUGUAUAUUAUAUUAUUAUAAUAUGUAUAUUAUAGCCUAAUACAAAAUUUUCUGUGGCUGUCCAAAGAACGCCAGCAAUGAUCUAGAUACUGGCUACUCUCAUUGUGGCUACAGCCAAAUUUCCAAAAACUGCGUGGCAUUCAAUGUGUUAAAAAAAUCUCUACUUCUCAUGAUCAGGAAAUAUUCAGCAUUAUUUACCUUUUGACUUUCGAUAACUCAUAUUCCUGCUGCAGCUGAUGAACAAGGCAAUCUAUAAUUGUUUUAACCAAAUAACAGGCCUGAUUCUGAUUCUGAAUCUGGUCCACCAUCUUUAAUUUGUCAACAACAACAAAAGCAUGUGAACACAACACACUGGUAAAUACCAGUUCCCAACUGGAAAAUAUCAUCUUCCCAUAGCACAUGAACGCAGCAUGACUCUAUUAAUCCCCGGAGGGAAAUUCAAAAUGAAGCUUGGUGGAUAAAAGCAACAAACAUGCAGCAGAAAGUGAUGUAUUUACAGCAUCCUUAGUAAACACGUGGUCACGGUGUUGUGGGUGGGUUAAAUUUGGCUUCUCAUUUGUUUAUUUUUUUGGGAAAAAGUAGCUAAAUUUGUUAAAUAUCACAAACGUGUGGCGAGGGGGAAAAAAAAACCCAAACCUAAUAACUGGUAUGAGCAGGAUUGAAAUGUCCUGUGCUCUUAGUCUUGACAUUUCUACCUCUGGGUGUUUUUCAAUGCUUUCGUAGGCGUGUUUAAUUUAAAAAAAUCUCUUUAGGAUUAUGCUGUACCCACUUCAGGUUUAAAUCCUGAUACGGAUCCUAAUUAGCUACCGCUAGGUAGUGCAAAGAAAGCUCCUAGGCACCAGUUUAGAUCUGUGGGAACAACAUGCUCGGACAGAUUGAUCGAUUUGUUCAGUAUCUCAAACGAUCUUGCCGACGUAGUUUCUAUCGCAGCACUGUUAUCUAUAAAAAUGGACAAAUUUAGAGAGGGGGAGGAGUCAAAGCUCUUGCAGUUACGUGACCAGAAAGUACACAGCCGCCAUCUUGUCGGUAAAAAACACCGCUGAAUACUGCUGCACUCGUGUACAGAAUGGAUCAAUUUCAACCGACGGACUACACGGCUCAUUUUUCUAAUGAACAGAUAACUAGAUAUAUGUCUAAAAUAAACGAUCUACAGAUUAGUGACCCUUAUGGCUUACCGGACGGAGUUUUCACGACCGUGUCAGCAGGGCUCGAAAUUAACUUUUUUUUUCUUUGUGUCCCCCAGUGGUCCCGAAUUCUGUGUUGUAUUGUCCCGAAUGGAAGCAAUAGUGUCCCCAUUUUUUUCAUCUCUGAAAUAACCAGUGGUUAAUAUUAUCAUAUGAAGUUACUAUUAUAUUUGUGUAACUAUGCGAUUUUGAACCCUUUAUAUCAUUUUUACAAUAAGUCACAAGACACAAGCGACACAUGUCCUAUACAUCAUCUACUUCAAAAUUACAGUUAUUGCAUUUUCAGUUUAUUAAACUUUGGUGAUCUCACUGUAUGAAUAGAUACCCGUUUAUUUAAAGGGGCCAACUAGCUCAUUCAGAAAAUGUUUCAACUCCCUACAUCUGCAGUACACUUUAGUUGAAAAUAAGACCCCUUUUAUGUUCAUUUCAUCUACUUAUACCUUGAAUAUCUGUUGGCACUUAUAAGGCCAACUUAUAAUUUUCACCAUUACCGUUAUCCAUUUUUAUGAACUUUCCGUUAUCGAUUACCGUUAUCCAUUUUUAUGAACUUUCCGUUAUCCAUUUUAUGAACUUUCGCUGCCGAAACGUGGGUGCAAACGUUAGCAACAUCAACAUAGUGCCAGGUCCGAGCCUAGUUGUGCUGCUGACUGACUAAACUUUCUGAACUAGAAAGACACCAAGAAAACUCAUUUAUUCUGUUGAACGGUAUCUUCCGUCAAUAUCAUCCACAUCAUUCCUGUUGUAUUUUAUAACGUGUCUAACAGUGUUCAUUAAGUUCAUUCAGUUGCUAGCGUUGCCUGCAGACCAGGCGAUGACACUUUGGAUCCUGAAGGUCCCGGAGACGUUAUGUCUGGGCUUUCAGUUUCUUCCCCGCGGUCGGUCCGCUUCAACCACUUAAGCAUUUUUGUUCUGGCAAGAGUCGGCGCAGCGUGUGCGGUAGCAAUUCCAUUCCAAGUCCAUAUAAUGCGGACACCGGCCGAAGAUUCUAGAACAGAAUGCGCUGCUCUGUAGCCUACGGAUGCAGGUGCAUCGAAAGUGUAGCUACUAUGUAUUUUUCGCUGUUAACGUUUUAAAAUUAAAAUUGACAAAUUAGGUGAAUGUCUACGUAUGUGCUACGGCUUUGUAAAUAAUAUUAAUGUAGAACUUUUUUUCUAGAUCUAUUUUUUUCCAUUGUCCCGGGAUUGUCCCAGAUAUGAUAAUUUUGUGUCCCGAUGACAUUUUUUUAUGGUCCCCGGGACGUCGGGACACCGUUAGUUUCGAGCGCUGCGUGUCAGUGGAUGUUGAACUGCCAGAGGUGGAAUACCCAGACGUGUAUAAUUACCUCAUUAACUUUCCCUCGCUGUUCAGUGGUGAAGCACUGCGUGUUUAUAAAUCUCUGGACAGUUAUCUUUACAGAAAUUCAGGAUUUGUCAGCGACUCAGAUGUGGCAUCUUGUAAACAAGAAAAUAAUCCUCACUGGAUGGGUAAGUCACUUAAGUAUUGAGUAUAGCACUGACCAGCCGAUUAUAGAAUAAGGUAAUUCCAGCUGUAAUUCCAAAUCGUCCGUGUUGUUUACCAUGGAUCUGACGUUGGAGAAGUAGAGGCUUAGCAGUGGAGGUUUGAGUGGCUGUUUUCUGAGCUUAGUCAACAGGCCGGCUCUGCAGCCUCGCUUUUGCUUCUGCUUCCGGCGCCGCCUCCUUCGCUUUGCUUCCGAUAACAAUCCACGGAGACCCCGCUGGUCUCGCUAUCUCGUCCGGAAUGUUGUGCAUGCGAUGGAAAUCACUACAAACCGUCAUUUUCUGCUGGAAACCAAUGUCCAGUAAGUCCAUACGGUUGUAGUGGAUAUUGAAGUCCGGUACAGACGAACAACACACAAAAAUACACACAAAAAACGUGCACAGGUAGGGAGAGCUUGUAGCCGCAGCCGUUGUAGUAGAAUUGUAUAUAGUAGGUUUUUCCAGAAGAAAAGGUAGAAGCAGAAGUAGAACCAGAAGUAGAAGGCGGAAAUAUGGCGUUUGACCGACAAGAUGGCGUCUGUCACAAUCUGGAUCGGCUCUGACGUCACAUGCAAGUGCUCCAUACCUCCAUCUUGAAGCUGAAUCAGACUCAGGAAUGAGGCGUGGCCGAAAAUUUUGAUGGUCAAAUUGUUCCUAGCCUAUAUGAGACAGUUUUAUAAAGCUGUGCGUGUAAAGUAAUGCAAGUUAUUGAUCCAAAGGUGUGUGAGAGGAUUUUGAUGUACAGUUUGCCAAAGAGGUGGCUGGAGACUUUCAUUCAGUAUAAACAAACAGUAAGCCAAGGUACUGGAUCUGGAGCGGAGGAGAUAUUAAAAAAAUACUCUGUUUACUUUUGAGAAGCGUAAAACUACAGUAGUGUACAGUGUAAGAGUCAUAGCCAUUUCAGUAGCUGUGCAACGAUGACAGAAGUAAAAUGAGAUGAAAAAUGAAACAAAAAUAAAUGUCAUCUUGUACAGCCAACUUUAUGCCUUAUACCAUUUGCGCAUGCACAGAGUACUGUGUAAAAGUCUUAAAAAUAAUGAAAUGUAAUAUUUAAACAUUUUUUUAAAAAAAUACGAUGAACAGCAGUAAGCCAUAAAUGAAACAAAGUCAGUAUUUGGUGUGAGACGACCCCUUUGGUUUAAAAAAAAAAAAUGGUAGUCUCCGGUACAGUGAGGCCAGUUUGAUGCGGAAAUGAGCUGUAGGUUUUACUGAGCAUCUUCCAGAACCAGCCACAGUUCUUCUGGACACUUUGACUGUCACACUCGCUUCUUCAUUUUGCACCAAAACCCAGUAGCCUUCAUUAUGUUUUCUUUUUUAAUCUGAAAAAGUGCUCACUUAUGGAAUACGCUGCUCGGAUAUGAGCGUCUUUUUUUUUUUUUUUUCCCUGCAACAUUUAAUUUUGUGCUGGAAAAUGAACGUUUGGACUCUAAAAUGUUUUUGUAAUGUUUUGACUCGAUAAUGUAGAAGUCAUAACACAGAAAUCUAUAACAAAGUCUGUAUGAAAAAAAAUAGGGUGCCUAAGACUUUUGCACAGAGUUGUAUAUUUAAUACAACAUUUUAUAUAAUGUUUUUCUUCUCUUAGAUUGUCUGAUGUUGUCUUGAAAACAUAGCCCAUGACUUAGGUCACAACUUUUUUUUUUUUUUUUUUCUCCUAGACUUUAUCAGCAUUUGCCUGAAUCACAAAUGCCUCACAGUUUCAGGAUAUAGUGCACUACGUAGGGUGGAUAAACCAUUAUUUCAUUCCCUUCAUGGUGCACAUGUAAGGAGUAGGAAGAUGCAGAUGAAGUCGAAGUGAAACGAACUGGAAUAUUCAGGUUAUUCACACCGUCCUUGUAGAUCAGUAUAAUAAGACAGAAGAAAUUGGACUGUAUUGCCUCCAUGGAUUGUUUUUGAAAUGUCGUAAGUGAUACUAAUUGAUAAGCGAUCAGGGUAUGAUGAUGAUGAUUAAUGAAGAGGAAGUCUAUAAGGGCUAAAAUGCUUGGUGUGAAAUGCUCAGGCCACUUUCAUUCCAAGUUACGUUCCUUAAUAUCUUUCUGAAAACAAACACCGAUGAAUGCAUUAAUGAUUAUUAGAUUAGCUUCCUGGUAAUACAAACACUGCAAAAUAUGUACCGUGUCAAUAUUUUCUAAACAGCAGGACGCUGCAGUGCAGUCUGAGGUCAUCUGCGGUGCUGUAAGAGCUGGAGUACAAACGAAAUUGCCAACAUAAAGAAAAAAAGUUGGUAUUUGAUUUCAUCUUAUGGCUACAUAUUUUAUUAAUAUUUACUGAGAUUUUCUGAAUGAUUUUUUUAGAGUGUAAUGAUGUUUCUCAUGGCCUGAAUGGACUUGCAGUGAAAUGCUCUUUUAAUACACAGGUGCUGGUAAAUACAGUGCAAACAUGACUCAGCACAGGUGACCUUUAACCUCAUCAUUUGGUUGAGCUAUAAAAUCUUCUGCCAUAAAUUUUUAAAUUUUUUUAAAAUGUAUAACUUCCCUAUGUGUCGUGUCACUUCUGCUUCUACUGAGAAGUAAGCUAUACAGGGAGUGCAGAAUUAUUAGGCAAGUUGUAUUUUUGAGGAUUAGUUUUAUUAUUGAAAAACAACUAUGUUCUUGAUGAACCCAAAAGACUCAUAAAUAUCAAAGCUGAGUAUUUUUGGAAGUUGGAGUAGGGCUUUCUUAGUUUUAGCUAUCUUAGGAGGAUAUCUGUGUGUGCAGGUGACUAUAACUGUGCAUAAUUAUUAGGCAACUUAACAAAAAACAAACAUAUACCCAUUUCACUCAUUUAUUUUCACCAGGGAAACCAAUAUAACAACUCAACAUUCACUAAUAUACAUUGCUGGCAUUCAAAAAAACAAAAAACAAAUCAGUGACUAAUAUAGCCGCCUUUCUUUACAAGGACACUCAAAAGCCUGCCAUCCAUGGAUUCGGUCAGUGUUUUGAUCUGUUUGCGAUCAACAUUGCGUGCAGCAGCAACCACAGCCUCCCAGACACUGUUCAGAGAUGUGUACUGUUUCCCCCUCCUUGUAGAUCUCACAUUUGAUGAGGGACCACAGGUUUUCUAUGGGGUUCAGAUCAGGUGAACAAGGAGGCCACGUCAUUAAUCUUUCUUCCUUUAGACCCUUUCUGGCCAGCCAUGCUGUGGAGUACUUGGAUGCGUGUGAUGGAGCAUUGUCCUGCAUGAAAAUCAUGUUUUUCUUGAAGGAUGCUGACUUCUUCCUGUACCACUGCUUGAAGAAGGUGUCUUCCAAAAACUGACAAUAGGACUGGGAGUUGAGCUUGACACCAUCCUCAACCCGAAAAGGUCCCACAAGCUCAUCUUUGAUGAUACCAACCCAUACCAGUACCCCACCUCCACCUUGCUGGCGUCUGAGUCGGACUGGAGCUGUCUGCCCUUUGCUGAUCCAGCCACGAGCCCAUCCAUCUGGCCCAUCAAGACUCACUCUCAUUUCAUCUGUCCAUAAGACCUUAGAAAAAUCAGUCUUGUGAUACUUCUUGGCCCAGUCUUGACGUUUCAUCUUGUGUGUCUUGUUCAGUGGUGGUCGUUUUUCAGCCUUUGUUACCUUGGCCGUGUCCCUGAGUAUUGCACACCUUGUGCUUUUUGACACUCCAGUGAUGUUGCAGCUCUGAAAUAUGGCAAAACUGGUGGCGAGUGGCAUCUUGGCAGCUUCACGCUUGACUUUCCUCAGUUCAUGGGCAGUUAGUUUGCACCUUUUUUUUUUUUUUCAACGCGCUUCUUGCGACCCUGUUGACUAUUUUGAAUGAAGCGCUUGAUUGUUCGAUGGUCACGCUUCAAAAGCUGGGCAAUUUUAAGAGUGCUCCAUCCCUUUGCAAUAUAUGUCACUAUUUUUGACUUUUCUGAGUCCGUCAAAUCCCUCUUCUGACCCAUUUUGCCAAAGGAAAGGAAGUUGCCUAAUAAUUUUGCACACCUGAUAUAGGGUGUUGAUGUCAUUAGACCACACCCCUUUUCAUUACAGAGAUGCACAUCACCUGGUAUGCUUAAUUGGUAGGAGGCUUUCAAGCCUAUGCAGCUUGGAGUAGGCCAACAUGCAUAGAGAGGGUAAUGUGGUCAACAUACUCAUUUGCCUAAUAAUUCUGCACUCCCUGUAGUUCAUGACCAUGUUGAUUUCUUAUGUUCUAGCUAUUUACACUGCCCUCCAUAAUUAUUAGCACCCCAUGUAAGAGUUGGGGGGGGGGAACACCUUUUGUUGAAGUCGUUUCAUCCCACACUGAAAAAAUGAGAAAAAUCCAAACCUUUAAUUGAAAAAAUAUAUAUUCAAAGAAAAACAAGUCCCUCAUCAAGAAAUAAUUAUUUAACAAAAACGUAUCUGAGGCAAGUUCCGAAACAGGUUUUUUUUUUUUUUUUGUUUAAGUACAGUACUACUUUUUGGUUGAUCUUUUUUUUUUCCAGUUGUUUUUACCCUAAAUGUGUGUUUUUUAAAUUAUCACAAUAUCCUAAAUAUCCUGUAACUAAAGUUAGUUUGUACAUGAAAUGUGCUUGCUUUAUUAUUCCCCCCCAGAUGUAUAGCAGAGAGAAAGUCCAGUGUGACCAGUGUUUUACAAUUACGUUUUUUUUGUAAUAAAAAAAACCUAAAACACUCUAAUGUAUAACCGUUACAAUUUUGUAAAACUACUUUUAAUUUUCCUACCUGACUCGAUCCUUGUGGAAAUUCCCAAAAUGUUCCUACAACAAUGAUACUUGGAGUGUGUUUGUUUAUAUCUUUAAAUGCAAUAACUUUUGUACAUGUUCAUUAGUCAUCAUUUGAUUUAACAGUAAUCAUUACUACUUUAUUUUUAUAAAAUGAAUAGAACUAAAGCUCCUGAAAUGCAUUAAAUCCUUUUUUAUAACACUGCAUCAGUAGCGAGCAACAUUGUGUUAAAAUAUGCAAAAAGAAACAGUUCGUAUUACUUCAUUAUUUACCAGGGAAUUUCUACAGUUCAGUGUGUUUUUGUUUUAUGGGUUAAUUUUACCGA